AUUUGCCCGUUUGUCCUCACCUUUCCUUGUCCCUAUCCAUUCUCUUGCUUCCACUCUGCAACCGCCAUUACACUCCCAUAUCGAAAGUUUCCAUCUUUUGCCUUGCACGCGAUUCUUGCUGCGUGUUGUGUGUGGAGUUCUUGACAUUGAGAGAGGUGCGGAGAAAAAGAUGAGUUCAGAGGCAGGAACAAGCACUUUUGUAAUCCGAUGGAUCAAUUUUCUGACAAUGUUGAUAGCUGUGGGCAUUGUUGGUUUUGGGGUGUGGAUGAACUCUCAUCAUGACAGUUGUAGGAAGUCUCUUACACUCCCUGUUAUAGGACUUGGUGCCGUUAUCUUUGUAGUAUCAGUUGUUGGAUUUUUGGGUGCAUUGAAGAACAAUUCAAUCUUGUUGUGGAUUUAUCUCAUCUUGCUUUGCAUCAUACUGGUGGCGAUUUUGCUCUUUACGGUCUUGGCGUUUAUAAUAACAAACAAUGGCUCUGGUCAUAACGUCGAAGGUCUCAGGUAUAAGGAGUAUCAGCUUCAGGAUUAUAGUUCCUGGUUUCUGAAACAACUUAACAAUUCUCAUAACUGGGGACAACUGAAGAGUUGUCUUGUCAGAUCAGAUGAUUGCAAUAACCUUUCCAAAAAAUACAAGACUCUCAAGCAAUACAAAUCCGCCAAAUUGAGCCCCAUUGAAGCGGGUUGUUGUCGACCACCAUCUGAGUGUGGUUACCCUGCUGUCAAUGCCUCUUUCUACGACAUGAGCUUCCACCCGAUAAGUUCCAAUAAAGAUUGCAGGCUCUAUAAAAACUCUAAGGCUACUAAGUGCUAUAAUUGCGACUCCUGCAAGGCUGGAGUGGCACAAUACAUGAAAGUUGAAUGGAGGGUGGUUGCAAUCUUCAACAUUAUUCUCUUCGUGGUCCUGUCGACGAUCUACUUUGUUGGGUGCUGUGCAAGACGACAUGCUUCCAGGAGUAACUCGAAAGUGUGAAAGAUAUGAAGUCCAGGCAUUUUGUAGAGGUGUCGACAUCUCUCCUAGCCAUAUUGUGGAAACGUGGACACAGAUUGCUGAUUCGCGAGGUGUCACGGAAAGCCAGAUUCAUUAUUCGCUUCAUCAUAUUCACGUUCCAGGUUUAGGCCAGUUGACCAUAAAACAGUGAGAGCUCACAUUCCUUUAUUGUAUUUGAGAUUGCCAAAAUGAGUUGUGUUGUGCCAUACACUUUUUAAAUACAUCAUUCGAUUCAUUGCUUGACAA